AUGAAAUAUUCAGAUUUUAUAGGAUUGACUCAAGAACAACAAAGAGUUGAGACAGAUAAUCUAUUUGGUAGAUUCCCAAUAGCUUCGAGAAAUAAUGACAUAAACAGAUUAAUAACAACUCUUAAUACAACAGAAGCUAUGAUCAAUAAUACUAAUCAUAUUAUUCAUAUGUUAAAAAAAUACUUCGACACCACAAUAAAACUUCACACUGACAUAUAUAACCAAUUUUGUAGAAUAGAGUCUUUUAUAACUGGUAUGCAUUUCAACCUACAAGACUAUAUUUCCCUAACAAAUAAACUAGUUACAGCGCAUAGGGAAAUGGUUAGUAGGCCAUCGGUUGUUAGUUCAGAGAGAAUAAAAUUAAUAAAAACACUUACGAAAGAAUUAUCUGAAAAAGGAAUCAUUCGUCCAACCCCUCUUUUAAUGAAGAUAAUAUGUUUCCGAACUGGAAAUAAUAAAACUAAUUUAAAAAGAGAGUACCUUCAAACAACAGUUCGUUCAAUGAGGAGUCACCCAAAUUAUAUAAAUAAUGAUUUUGUUAGAGACAAUUCAGAAACUAUAUUGACAAUGGAUGAUAUGGACACUAUUUUAGAUACAUAUCUUAGAGAUUUAAAAACAAAAGUUAGAAAUGGUUUUACAUCAAAUACAAAUACUUAUAUUCGAAGAGAAAAUUAUUUUGUAGAUAAUGGUGGACAAUUAUUUAUUGUUGUAAAUGGAAAUCAUAUUGCAGCAGUAAAUUUAACAACAGCCCAUAUAGCGAAUGAAAUAAAGAAAUUUUUCUGUAUUGUCAAAGAACCUAAUGCCUUUCAAAUAAUAGAAGACGAAAAUCUCCGUACAGAAUACAUGGAAAUUUUUGCCAAUGUAGCGGAAUUCAUAUUAUAUUUAAUGAAUGGCACCGCUGAACAAGGACAACAAGCAGCUACACCAGCACAGCAACCAGCAACACCAGCACAGCAACCAGCAACACCAGUACAACAACUAGUAAGACAAACAGCUCGACGACAAGCAAGACCAGCACGAGAACAACCACCAAGACCAGCACGACAACUACCACCAACAACAGAACAACUGUUACAAACACAAUUACAAUCACACCCACCACAAUCACCAUUGCACACACCAAUACAAUCACCAAAUUACUUUAUUUACAGCCCAUCCUACCAACAAUCACCAUCACAAGUACGAUCACCAAAUAAUUAUAGUCAAAGUCUAUUCUACCAACCACAAACUACACAACCACAAGCCAACCAACAACUACCACCAACAACAGACCUACAAUCACAACGACCAAUACAAAUACAAUCACCAAAUAGCUAUAGUCACAGUCCAUUCUACCAACCACAAACUACAACACCAGCUCUCCAACAAUCUCUACAACUUUCUCACCAACACCAACAUCAAAGUGGUGAGCAAAAUAAUAAUAAUCUUAUACCUCCCCACAACAUCUUUGGAAGCAACACAAAUAUCAAUACUCCAACUUUUAAUGAUAUUUCGAUAGUUAGAGAUUUAGAUAUAGGUAUCAGAAUGAACCUAGAUGAAGCACCAAAUUCAUCCCAACGAACCCAAUCGCCACCCGUAUCACCAGUUAUACCGGUACCUUUUGAAACACCUAUGCUACCAACUGGAUCAUCGUUAUUUAGGAAUCAUCAGUCUCAGACCAUUUCACCAACACCAUACUCACCCUAUGCCCCAAGAUACUCAAAUCAAUUUAAUAAUAGCUAUAGUUAUUAUAAUCAAUAA